UACUGUUGCCUGGAUACGCGUGUUUGGCUCCCGAAGCCAGCAGCUUUUCGACUUAUUUAGCCUAACAUUACUCUGAAGCUUAAAGUUGUAUCGCAAUGGCAGAAGACGCGCAAGAAGUCCCCCAGAUCGCAUUAGAGGCUGUUAUUGGUUUUAAUGGUCAUGUGUUUUCUGGACUCAAAGUACAUCCAGACAAAGAACAUAUCAUUUAUCCUCUUGGCUGCACUGUUAUUAUUAAGAGUCUGAGAAGUGGGAAACAAACUUUCCUCCAUGGCCACACGAACAACGUCUCUUGCAUUUCUGUGUCCAGAAGUGGACGCUAUAUUGCUUCUGGACAGGUCACAUUCAUGGGCUUUAAGGCUGAUAUUAUUAUCUGGGACUAUGAGAAGAAGGAGAUUUAUGCCCGUCUUGUGCUUCAUAAAGCUAGGGUUGAAGAUCUCAGCUUCUCCCCAAAUGAUAAGUAUCUGGUAUCUUUGGGUGGACAGGAUGAUGCCAGCAUUGUAGUGUGGAACAUCGGGAGUAAAGAGGCUAUAUGUGGCAGUCCUGCUUCAGCACAGAGUGCUGGUCACUGCCUCACCAUCGAGUACACCAACCUGAAUGAUGAAAUCUUUGUCUCUGCUGGAAAUGGAACUCUGCGUGUAUGGGAGCUUGAUUUGGCCAACAGAAAGAUCCGGCCCACAGAAUGCCAGACUGGACAGCUCAAGAGAAUUGUCAAAUGCCUAGAGAUCCCAAACGAUGAUAAUUAUUUCUACUGUGGAACUUCAAGUGGAGAUAUUCUGAAAGUGAACCUGAAGACAAGGUUGCUCAACAGCUGUGGUCCUGUUAAACAAAAAUUCAGCAAGGGAGUGAACACUCUUAAAGUCUUGAAGACUGGUGAUCUUUUAGUUGGAUCAGGAGAUGGGGUGUUGUCUUUGUGCUCAGGAGGGAAUUUCAAAACCAUUAAGAGUGUUCAGUUGGAGGGAGGGGUGACAUCAGUGACCCUGCGUGGAGACGGGCAGCAGUUUUACGUCGGGACAGAAGCUGCACAGAUCUACAGUUUAGGCUACAUUGACUUUAAACCAGAACUCAUCGCAACUAAUCAUAACAGUGCUGUAAAGGACGUGGCCUUUCCAUUUGGGACGUCAGAGCUGUUUGCCACCUGUUCACAGAAUGAUAUACGAGUGUGGCAUACUGAGUCCUCCAAGGAGCUUCUGCGUAUCAUGGUGCCUAACAUAACAUGCAAUGCUCUGGGCUUUAUGAAGGAUGGCAGGAGCAUCUUCAGUGCUUGGAAUGAUGGGAAGAUUCGUGUGUUCACCCCAGAGAGUGGGAAGCUGAAGCUGAUAAUUCAUAAUGCCCACAGUAUGGGAGUGACUGCCAUAGCAGCGACCAAUGACUGCAGGAGGAUUGUCAGCGGAGGUGGAGAAGGACAGGUUAGAGUCUGGGAGAUAUUCCAUGACUCAUAUCGUCUCAUCGAGAUCAUGAAGGAGCACAAAGCCACGGUCAACUGCAUUAAGAUCAAGAGUAACGACAAGGAGUGUGUGACGGCCAGCUCUGAUGGAGCUUGCAUCAUCUGGGACCUGGUGAGGUUUGUGAGGAAUCAAAUGGUCUUGUCCAACACCCUGUUCAGUGUUGUAUGUUACCACCCUGAAGAAUUCCAGAUCAUCACCAGUGGCACUGACAGAAAGAUUGGCUACUGGGAGGUGUAUGAUGGUUCUGCAAUCAGAGAACUCGAGGGCUCCUUGUCUGGAGCUAUAAAUGGCAUGCACAUUUCUGAGGAUGGAAAAUAUUUUGUGACUGGUGGAGAUGACAAAUUACUGAAGCUCUGGCACUAUUCUGAUGGUGAAGUGACCCAUGUUGGCGUCGGGCACAGUGGAAGCAUCACAAAUGUGAGGAUCUGUCCCAACAGCAGAUGCAUUGUCAGCACCAGUGCUGAUGGAGCUAUCCUAAGGUGGAGAUAUCCACAAACCCUUAACUGUGAAUAAGAAUAUCUAAUGCAGUUCAGAUAUGAUAGUAGUUCAAAUAUACACUUACAUUGCAUUGCAUUCAUUCUUGUUACAAAUAAUUGUAUUGCAAAUUAGGUUAUGAAAUCUUGUGAGAUUUAAAUGUACCAUAAAACAGUCCAAUUCCAGUCAUUUUAUUGAAAUAAAGCAGCCUAGAGCCCCAGUUUCGGAGGACUAUUGUGAACUGCACUGUCAGCUAAUAUAUCACCUGAGAAUCUCCAGAGAGCCGGCGGGGGAGGUUUAGAGAAGAACAGCAUGGCGUGAACCCAGCAUCGGGAUGUGCCUGUCCCAAAUUUCCUCUCACCUCUGAGGAACAUCCUCAAUAAUUAAUAUCUUAACCCCUAACAGUAAGGAUAUUCGGCCACAUAUAUUUUCAAAAAAGGGUUGCUGUGCUGAUUUUAUUUGGUAUGGCCUACACCACAGAUAGCACAGAUCUGAUGACCUUGUUUGUUGCUGAUAUAAAGACAUAAAAUAAAGUCAGUAGGCUAUCCAAUCAAAUUUCAGCUCGGUAGUCAUAAACUGUGUCUAUCUGUCUUGAAGGUAAGGUGUGUGAUAAAAAAAAAAAAAAUGACCACCAAAAAAACAGAUACCUAUCAGAGGAUAAAUCUGUACUGGGUGUCUGACAAAACAAGAAACAGGGUGAGAGUGUAAAUAAAAAUAAAUAAAUACUAGUUGGUAUUAUACA